AUGGCCUUCGAGGCCAGGAUGAACCUGGAAGGGGUAGGUGAUGAAAUAAGGUGCCGCACUUUCCCGGUAACCUUAGCGGAGCCAACGAUCCGGUGGUUUAACACCCUCCCCCAGGGCUCCAUAACCGCGUUUGCUGAUAUCAGUCGCGCCUUCUUGGCCCAAUUCACCAUGCGUAUCGCCAAAGUAAAACAUCCGAUUAAUCUGCUAGGAGUAACUCAAAGACCUGGCGAACCGACCAGGAAGUACCUGGACAGAUUCAAUGAUGAGUGCCUGGAGAUUGACGGCCUAACUGAUUCGGUGGCCAGUUUGUGCUUAACCAACGGACUGCUAAAUGAAGAUUUCAGAAAACACCUUACCACCAAGCCUGUCUGGACAAUGCAAGAAAUUCAGAACAUAGCCAGGGAGUAUAUCAAUGAUGAAGAAAGAUGGAGGAUCGGCCAAGACUUCCAAACCCUUCCUCCGGGUUGGGAAGUUCACCAACUACACCCCCCUGGCGGCUCCAAUAGUCGAGGUCAAUCAAUAGAUCGCCGACAAGGGCAUCUUGUCGACCCCCGACAACUCAAGGACAGGACGGGAGGAAACAAGAACCUCUAUUGCGAUUAUCACAAGGGUUAUGGCCACAAAACCCAAGACUGUUUUGACCUGAAAGACGCCCUGGAGCAGGCCAUUCGAGAAGAAAAGUUGGCCGAGUUCUCCCACCUAAUAAGGGAACCAAGGAGGAGGGACCGGUCAACCGAGGACAAAAGUCGCGCCGUAAGGCAAAGACGGGAACCCAAGGAGGACAGUGAGCGUGGCCUCACUGUGGUAAAUGUGGUAAUUGGAAGGGACGUCCCUCCCAGAUCGAAGUCGGCUAGCAAGAAGGACGCCAAGGUCUUAGCUAUGUCUUUCAGGCUCAUGCCGACCUCCCAGAGGUUACCCUCGAUAUCCUUCGGUCCUGAAGAUCAAUGGUUUGAUGAGGUUGCAGCUAACCCGCCAAUGGUGAUCACGGCCAGAGUGGGCACCGGCCUAGUGAAGCGGACCUUGGUGGACACGGGGCCGACUCAAAUAUCAUGUUCUGCAAUGUAUUUAAUGCUCUGGGGUUACGAGAUACUGACCUGA